AUGGCAAUCCUCAACGCCGUUCCUGGCCUCGAGGUCACCAUUCAGUCGUUCGACGAGGUCUUGCCAGAGUACCAAGAUGACGGAGACUGGACCCAAAGCAGGUUUGCGCACAUCCCCAAGGCUUCCCGAUCGCAAAAGUACGUGGAGUGCCAGACAGACGCCGAAUUCCGCAUCAGACUCACCCUGAAGCACCCCUAUAAGAUGAACAGCCAGAGCCUGGUGUUCAAGGCCAAUGUCGAUGGUCACGGAAUCGCUCAAGCUACGUGUACAGAUGCCUGGUUUGCACGUUGCAGCGGCCAUUAUAUGGAACUUAUUACAGCAAGACUGGACCGGAUCAGUCCGACCCAGCUGUCUAGCAGAGCGUUGAAGUUCAGCAGCAUCAAGAAAGUUGACGACGCUGAUUCCACCCGAGUCAAGAACGACGCGAAGGCUCUGGCUGGGAUUGGUGAAAUCGUUGUGUCUGUCUUUCGGGCCCAGCAAAAAGAAGAACACGUCCAACCGGCAGCACACUACACUUUGUCGCAACACAAACCUCCCACCGAAGUCGCAGAGAAAGCUUUAAAGGGCAAGGCUAUCUCACACGGUGUGACGUUCGGCGAACAGCAAAUCGUUACUCGUACGAGCAAAGACACCUACGAUCUGGAUGGACCGAAUAAUCCCAUAGGAGUUUUCGUGUUCAAGUACCGCUCUCGAGAGGACCUCCAAUCUGAGCUGAUCAUCCCACGAUCACCCUCUCCCAACCCAGGACCUGCACCACUCCAGCCUCGAGGUAGAAAUAGCGGGAAUGAGCCUGACAGCAGGGCUGCUCGGUUGGCGAGUCUCAAGAAAGAGAUUGAGCAAAUCAAAGCCGAGGAAGAGGACGUCCCACCCCUUCGCCCAAAACGAAAAUCCCACUCUGAAGCCAGCGGCAGCAGACGACCCUUCAAGAUCUCCCGUGGACCCAGCGGUAAAGUCGUCAUCGACCUUACCGAUGACUGA